CAGCUCCGCUCGCUCAGGGGGAGUUUGACGGAGACGCCCGAAGGAACUUUCGACAAGGCGGCAUGUUGCGCACGCAUCUGACAGUACCCCUUGCGCGCUCGGUAGGGUUCGGUAACGGUCGGAGUACGUUUGGCCGGUUCGUUUGGAGCGCGAGCACAGUAGACCGCCGACCGACAACCCCUUCGCGUGCGACGAUGUUGCGUUGCGGCUGAUCAAACCCCCUUUUUUUUCUUCGCGGUUUUUUUAUCCUCUAUCUCGUCUGGAAGGUUAACAGUGCACGAAUCUCGAGAUAUUUCACCGAAAACGUUUCGCACUUGCCGACACGUUAUUGACGUUUUGCAGUAAGCAGUGUGUGUCACGUCGGGCCGUGUUAAGUCACAUUUCGUUUUUCCUUUACCCUCUUUCUCUCCCUCUAUCCCUUUCCCUCCGUUGAAAAAAUAUGGCUGAAGUCAAUGGAAAGUUGCGGAACAAACACGAGGACAUUGAUGCUGCGUCGCUCGGCACUGACAUACUGAAUCCCUUCGUGCAUCGUCUCGAGCUCGACACAACCUAUGACAAGCUCAAGACCGCAUUCCUGACGGUAGCUCUUCUACCAUUCAGGUUGGCUGCAAUCACGGCUCUGGUGAUCAUGGCCUGGCUUUUAGCUUGUCUAGGUCUCCUCGGUUUGUCCGAGGAAGAUCUUCGACGGGCUCCUUUGACUGGAUGGAGACGAGACAUGCGAAUUGUGAUCUGCUGGAUGAUGCGAGCGUUGUUCAUCUGCGGGGGAUUUCACCAUCUGAAGGUCAAAGGUCGUAAAGCGGAAACAAAGGAUGCUCCCGUGUUAGCCCUAGCCCCGCAUUCGAGCUUCUUCGACGCACUUCCGGUUGUUUACCUCGGCGGACCGAGCAUCGUCGCUAAGGCGGAGAUCGGGCGCAUUCCUUUUUUCGGAAAAUUAAUCAACUAUACACAACCGGUCUAUGUUUGGAGAGAAGAUCCGAAUUCACGGCAAAAUACGAUCAAGGAAAUUAUCGAGAGGGCUACGUCGAAAGAGGAUUGGCCACAGGUUAUGAUUUUCCCCGAAGGUACUUGCACAAAUCGAUCGUGCCUCAUUACUUUUAAGUCAGGUGCAUUUUACCCCGGUGUUCCCGUUCAACCUGUCUGCAUUAGGUAUCCUAAUAAGUUGGACACGGUGACGUGGACAUGGGAAGGUCCUGGAGCAUUGAAGUUACUAUGGUUAACGUUGACUCAACUGAACAGCAGCUGCGAAAUAGAGUUCCUCCCUGUGUACAAACCAAGCGAAGCUGAAAAAACAGAUCCCAAGCUAUAUGCAAAUAAUGUACGACGUCUUAUGGCAGAGGCAUUACAGAUUCCCGUAUCGGAUUACACGUACGACGACUGUCGAAUUAUUAGCAAAGCUCAUCAGCUGCACAUACCUCAUGCGUCCACCAUAGCGGAAGCUCAUAAACUUCGUAAUAAACUUGGUUUAGUGACGGCGAAGACGGAAGAAGAAUUAGUUCAAAAGAAAACGGAGAGAUUUAGCGAAGAAAUGAACUUACACGAGUUCGCGCAAAUCCUCAGAAUAGACGAAAAGGAGCCUGCGACACAACAGCUUUUCCGAAUACACGAUAGACAAGCCAAGGGUACAAUAGAUUUCGAAGAGUAUUUAUUCAUAGUAUUAGCCACAUCAAACGCAAAUUCUGAAUUAGAAAAAGUGGAAACUGCGUUUGAGGUUUGUGGUACAAAGUCACUGUCCUGUCUCAAUAAAAUGGAACUGAGGAAGGCUCUGAAACUUGCAUUAAGUAUGCCAGAGGAAGAAUCCGACAAAAUCUUUCAGAAUGCCAAAAUCGAUUUUGCUGAUACAUCAGUAAAUUUCGAAUUCGUGCUUGCUGCGCUAGCAGCACGAGCGGAAUUGGCGUAUAUAUUCGUUGGAAAUUCCGAAACGAGGAAAAAAAAUAUUUGAGAAUAUUUAAUCGACUCG